CCGUUCAGUCUGCACAUACAAUCUAGGGCUGAAAGAGUACUUAACCUCGACUCAGUCAACCUGUGUAAUACCGUAUUGCCAUAAGCCAUGACUCUUCCAUUCUCAAAGUGGGAGAAGCUCAAGCUAGCUCUACGUCUAUCGUACGCCGCUCCCCUCGCUCUUACUUAUAUAAUACGGUCCAUCCUCAUCACGAGACGAAGAGGUCUCCCAUCACGCUUUUUCCUCGUUUGCGCCGUUAUAAAAGUGGCUCUUGGAUUCUCGCCUCGACAAAUUCAGUACUUGUCGCUAUCAACUCGAGAGACACACAAAAAAUGGAUACAACAGCGAAGUAAGGAAGCGAAGAAGUUCGGGCAUCAGCAAUAUGUCACAAGACUUGUAUAUGACCGAGAGGUUCUGGAAGACGGAAAGUCGUCGCUACUUUGGAUCGGAGAUCGAAAGCAGGCAAAGAAGGUUGUCCUGUUCUUUCAUGGCGGUGGCUUCGCGGCCCCCAUGACGACGGGACAUUUGGACUGGUGCUGGCGAGCAUAUGUCCUUGCGGGGAUUGAAAAGGGUGUUGAAGUCGCAGUGGUUGUUCUUGAGUACACCUUGAUUCCCGAGGCGAGAUACCCAGUGCAGCUCCGCCAAGCAGCAAGCGGACUGGCUCAUCUUCUACACAAAGGGAUUCAACCUCAGGACAUUGUAAUUGGAGGAGACUCUGCCGGCGGACAACUGACAGCCCAGUUACUCUGUCAUCUCCUUCAACCCCAACCAACAAUCCCAGAAAUAGUGUUGACCAAGCCCCUCGCAGGCGCCUUUCUGGUUUCUCCAUGGGUGGCCCAGUCCACCGACGAUGCAUCAUUCAGGGAGAAUUCCGCUAUCGAUAUGCUUCCAAUACCUGGCAUUGCAGCAUUUACCAAGGAACUGCUAGGCCCUGACGCCAAAUCCGCUAUCUCAGCAUUCCCACUGGAUAGGGACAAGUCCAGUUUAGUCGGAAUGGCAUCUGUCUUGAGCCAGAUGUACGUGACUGUCGGAGCACAUGAGGUCUUUCGAGACCAGGUGAUUGCUUUCAAGGAUAGAGUUCGGCUUUUGAACCCUGAUCUAAACUUGCGGUUUCAGUGCUAUCAGAACUGUGCGCAUGACUUUAUAAUACUCGAGAAACAAGAUGGAGAGUGUACUCAGGAUAUGAAGCAGUGGAUGGUUGACUUACUAGCUACAGAGUAG